AUGGACAAGGACAAAAAGAUGAUGGUAUUCUACCUGUUUCUGGCAGCUUUAAGCAGCCCUGUGGUUACUGAAGAAUGGAAGGCCAGUGUGAUAAAAGAACUAGAAGCCCUGGUCACUUCCUGUGUUGUGGUUCCCUGCUCAUUCUCUCAUCCUGGGGGUCCUCUGCCCACCUCCAGACUCAGAGGCAUCUGGCAUCUUAAAACAGGUCGAAAUCAACUCGUCUAUUAUGAGGACCAGACACGGAUCUUGGAGAACUUCAGGGGCCGCACAAAGUUAUUGGGACAUCUGGGUCUGAGCAACUGCACCUUAGAAAUAACUAAAGUUAGAGAUCAUGACAACGGCCCUUUCUGUUUCCGGAUUGAAUUAGCAAAAUCGACUGAUCCUUCCACCUCUAACAAGUUCUCCUUUGUGGAGGAUUGUGUUGACCUCAGAAUGCUCCCUGAACCUCCAAAACCGACACUGUCUCACUCAGAGACGGCCACUGAAGGACGUCCCUUCACCAUCACCUGUUCAGUCACCCACACCUGCCCGAGCCAUGCACCUCGUCUCAAAUGGAGCAGGGCCGACCCUGAUGCAGUGCAUGAGGUGCACAAAAAAAGUCGCUUUGGCUUCUGGGAGGCAGAGAGCAUCCUGACCAUCACUGCUGAGGAAAAGGACGACCACACUGACAUCACCUGCACUGCAGAAUUUAAUGGAGACAGUAAAUCCUCUGCAUUAAUGACCCUCUACGUGAAACGUUCUGCAAACUACAACCACAUCAUCAUUGCCACAGUGGUGGCCAUUGGUACAGCUGUGAUCUUUGCAGGCUUCUGCAUUUUCAUGGUGAAAAGAUACAAGAAACGGAUGUCCAGACCUUCACGCAGAUAGUGUCAGAGGCUGCAGGUCAGGUGUGCCCAUCACUGGGGAAAACCAGUUCACCUACUGGGACUGGGACUGGGACGGUUCUGUCAUCUUUG